UCUAGAGUCUAUCUAGAGUCUAUCUAGAGUCUAUCUAGAGUCUAUCUAGAGUCUAUCUAGAGUCUAUCUAGAGUCUAUCUAGAGUCUAUCUAUCUAGAAACAGCAGAGUGAUUCAUCUGACCAUCAGCCUGUUUUUGAGGGUCUUUGCUCCAGGUAACAGUGAAUACUGAGGGUGAUUGGGAUGUAACCCCUAACGUGCGUGAUCCUGUGUGAGGAUUUGGGGUAACUGGUUACACGUAGUGUUCAAGCUUAUGUUCUCUCCUGAAAAAGCUGUUCAUCCUAACACAUCUUAAAGAACCUAUUACUGUGCAGAAGGACAGGGCGGUGGGUUCAGUGACAGAACAUAAUUGGGGUAACACAGCAACCGGCUCAAGCUAGUCCCUGGGCCAGCUGACUCCACAGAGCCAUGCAGUGGGAAGCCCUUGCCACGAGGAGCGAAUGGGUCCUGAGCUGGCUGGAGCAGAUCCCGCACAGCUUUGGUCGGGCUGCUGGUGUGACUCAGGAGACACCGAGUUCUUGCCUUGGUUGGGCCCCCUCCUGUGCUGUCCACCCCUUUGUAGUUGGGUGUCCGUGUUGGAAUGAGCAAACAUGCCCAAGUUAAGGUCCAGUUAAUUUUAGUAUUUACGAACUUUGGAGUGUUGUUGCAAACUUAACGUAAUGGCCUUUUUAAAUGCACUUAUUUAUUUAUUUAUUUUGUAAAUAAAGCUAAAAAGAAGGCAUUUUGACCUGGGUUGUUUCUUUGACGGUGUAAUUGGGCUGCAGUUACAGUUUAGGACGUGGGUCUUUUUUACUGUCAUAUGUAAUUCUUGGCUUUAGAAUUUCGGGGUAAAACAUGCUCAGCAUAGGUGGUGUCUUUGAGAAACACUGUUAUUAAGUUCUGGGGAGUCUUUAAUUGGCAUUGGUGUCAAAACAAAUUCUGUUUGCCAAAGUAUAGGGCUCAACUGAAUGUAGAUGAGCUUCCACGCACAAAGCAAUUGACACGUUCUUGGUAAUCAGAGCAAUUCUUCCAGUUCCAAGUGUUACAGUGCACAUAACACAAGUAGUUGAGAGGCAGAGCACAUCUGUGCUUUUGCAGUCUGAUUCUUUCACUACUCUUUUCCUGUCUGCAUUUUGACUCUCUUCCGUGAUCGUCCCCAGGAUUUCCGCUUCCCACACCGUCUGCUCUAACUUCUCCUGCCCCUGACCUGUGUAUGUACACACAAUAGCAUCCCAGGCCAACCUUUGUUUGCCUUGCCUUGCCACUGGCUUUUCUUCCUGUACCGUCACAUUGCUUCAACUUCUCUACAGCUCGCCAGCGUGCUUUCCGUGCUCUCCCAACCAAUAGGUGGUCGGUUUGGCUUUUCUUCUCUGCUGUUCUGCAGGGAAAUAGGUGGACUCGGUAAAGAGACUGGAAAAUGAGUAAGCCUACCCUUGUGCCCCGAGGGCUCCUGGAAGUUUAAAUGAAGGUUUCUGUGCAGCUUCUGGGUCCCUCGGGUGGAUCCUGGUCCUAACAGAUGGAUUCUCAUCUGGAACCUGAAGCGCCAGUUCCUGUAAAUAGAGAAGUGUUCAGGUGUCCCACGGAUGGAGUGAGAAAUGGAAGGGAGGCGCCUGCCCACAGACACUGCCUUUCUGUGGGAGGAGUGACAGGAAGCCAUGCAACAUGACCAAAUGCGUUCGCAUUGUGGCACGGUUGGUUUUAAGGGGCUCUGUCUGCAACUUAAUUUGAUUUUGGUUAUAUUUACUCAUGGAACUACGGUUUUGGUCUUCCUGCUCUGCUUUGCACAGCAGGAGUUGUUGAUCGGUGACGCAAACACCGAAUUGGACAAAAUUAGCGAAUGCUUGCAGUGAAUGCUAAAAUGUUCUGGGCUACGCUGCUUUCUUAAUGAUACAGUGGGACUGCACUUUGCUCCACCGCGGUGACACUUGCUCAAUAACCAAACUGCUCAGUUCUGGAUGGAAUUUACAGUUCCAGCAAGUUGUACAGUGUUCCAAGCUGACACCAGAUUUACACUUACAACCGCUUGCUGCUGCCCUCACUCUGUAUUUUGUCAUCUGCUGAAUGUUUUUUUUUCUGUAAAUACUCGAGGGGUGAAAAGUCUGUUAUCUGCUUCAUGCUCUUGGACUUCAUGACUGACGACAGAAUUCUCUGGAGCUGGAAGAUGAUCUGUAUUUGCAAGUUUGGUGGUGAUGCCCAUACCUUAAGCAUAUUCCUACUGAGAUAUCAUGGUAUUGGCAUAUAUUUAUAUGCUGUGUUUUCCAGUUUACACUUACUGUUUUGUUUUUUUUUUUUUGUAAUUCAGGGUAAAGGUUCAUAGUUCAGAAGGCUUUCCAAUGAGUUUCUGAAGGACAAGCAUUGCCUAAAACGCUGCAGGUUGUUAUGGCUAAUACUGAUACAUCUGCAAUGUAGUUAUCAGAUUACUAAUUAACUCAUAUCCACACAACCCAGUCAAAAUUCCUGAUAGAUGUGAAGACACAGAGGUUCAUCAGUUAAGAGCUUCUAGUCUCUUUCUUGCUUUGCAACUUCCUGGGGAAAAAUACACUUGGGAUGAAAUCUGUAGUGGCUUAACUCACUAACAGGCUGAAAAACAUUCCAAAUUUUCUUUCAGCUUUGUUAAUAGCAUUCAAAGUCUUUCAGGUAUCAAAGAAAGUCAGAUGACCUACAAGCUUUCUUCUGAUUGCUGGCCUAGCAUUCAGUUUCUGAACAUGCAUAUUAUUAUUUAUCCUUACUUUUUUGUCUGUGAAAGCAAAAAUAACGUAUUACCAGUCAGUCUGCAGUAGAGAGUUGUGGGGUUUUGGUUUUAUUUUUUAAAGAAAAGAAGAAAGAAGGUAUGAGUGAGCAUUGGUAAAGCAAAUUGGUCUGGGACAGGAGGGAUGUGUCUCAGCUGGGGCAAGGAAGGCCGUCUGAGUUCAGAGCAACUUGCUGGCAUGUGUUGCUAGCUGAGUCCACGUUGUUCCUCUUGUCAUCUGCCUGCCAACCAGUGUGCACACACACAUACUCUGAAUGAUGCAGUGCUGUUUUCAGCCACGUCUGAAUUGGACAUUUUGCCACAGAUUAUAUGGCCCUUUCUUGGGCUACAUCUAAAGCCCUGCUGGGCACAGUGACUGUAUGGUGAUGACUCGGGGGAAGACUGCUGGCAUGUAACGCAGUUAGGUGAAGUUAAAUGUUCUGUCUGCGUACUGAGGCCAGCUGUGCUUUGGUACAGCAGUGGUACAUUUGAUAUUACAUUGGUGUGUUAUUUGCGAAGAGAUACCAAAUUCUGGCAGUGAAUUAGCCUUUGACUGCAUUAUCAAUACGAUGCAUCUCUAGGGGAGCAACAAGGUUGAAAUACUGCAAAAAGACUGAAACUGAACCUCAAGCUUGACUGUGAGCCCCUGCUUUGGGUGACGCAAGUCUUUGCAAGUUGACUGUGCUGCCAUUCAGAGCACGUGCAAACCGCUUAUGCACUUGACAGUGCUGUCAGUCUUCAUUAGGUUCUGUAGGGCCAGGGUUAGAUCCCGUGGUUCGUAAUUUGCAACGCUUCCUGCUGUCCAGAAAAUACAUCUGUAAUGCGCUAUUAAAGUGCGUGCCUUACCCCCUCUUCAGUGACCGGUCUCCCUGAAUCCAGCUGUUACAGAUCCCUUAGUACAGGUUUGUUUCUGUAUUUUCGGCCUCGUUCCUGUAACAUGGUGGAAAUCGCUGCUUAGUUAUGUGGGGGUUGCCUUUACGAGUGAUUGGAAAAAUAAUGUAAAGGAAGUUAAAGUUAGAGAACAAAACACUAAGAAACAGAGAAACGCCUAACACCAGGUAGCUCUUGUUGGGUUUAUCCACUACAAGUCAGUCUGACCCAUUGGUUAUGAAAUCAAUGCUUCAGUGCGUUGGUGAAGUGCUGCAAGGGGCAAGGGCAGCUGAAGGAGACAGAAACCCAUGUCUGCUCUCCUGAAACGCUGGAUCAAAGCAUCAACAGGAUCUAGGUUUCAUUUCUGACCCUGCUACAAAUUGCCAGGGUUAUAGUGGAGAAGAUUAUCGUACAGGUACAUAGGGGAACAGAAAUGAGAUUUGUGGGAACCUCAGUGGCACUGUUUGUAUUUGUGAGCUUACAGCCAUCAGACAAGGUCGGGUAAUGAGUAAGCUGUACCCCUAACACAAAUUGUGUCUGGGCUACAGAUACAGUUUGUAUCUGUACAAUUUGUAUCUGGUUUUUCAGUCUGUCAGUCAUUUUUUACACUGAGACCUGGAAGCCUGCAAUAUAUGUUACCAGUUGAAGUGCAUUUAACCAGAAUGCUAAUUGUAGGCAUUAAUUUUGGCAUUUUACAAACGUUUGUUAAUCAGACUCCUUCAGGAAAGUGACCGCAUGGGUAUUUGCAAUCAUAUCAAUUGUUAAGGACCCUGAUGCAGCCAGUGUUUAAUUCCAUUAGUGUGCUGACAGACACGAGCUGAUCUUGGGAUUCAGCUUUGUCCAACGUAGGAGUACGGUUUCCCAAAAUUCCUCAAUGAAAGUUUUGCAGUUGCGUGGUUGUGUCGUUUGCCACUUUCCUUUUCUGGACUGGUAAUUGUUUGCUGCUUUUGAACGUUGAAUAAAAUUACAACAGUUUUGUACAUUAUUAGAAAUGUAUUAAAAAUAAAAGUAAUGUUUUGAAAUAAAUGGAUGUUAUUUCAAACUUCUUAGUGCUGUCUGUGCAACGAGCGUGAACAAUCACAAGGUAGCCUAAUGUCCAGAGGAGCUUUUUUUCCUAUCCUCCUUUCAUAGUUCUUUGAUCCUGCACAUGCCAGAUCUUUCUUUUCCCGCCUUGCAUUUUAUAACAGUAACUUUUCCUACUUGACUGCUAUUAAAAACUAUUCGUUUUCCUGUUACUGAUUCCCAAAGUAUCAUCCUUUUUUUUUUUUCCCCUCUCUGAGGAGUUUCUGCUAUUGUUACUACAGUUCUUUUUCUUUGCCCAGCAAUGCAGCCUUAUAGGCAUGCUGGAAAUGCCAAAUUCCUUCUUUUGUUUGCCACAUUCUCAACUACCAAAGUCUCGGUCCCCUCUCAGCUGCUUGACUUCCCAGUCCUCCAAACCCAAUUUCUUCUGCUCAGUGAUAUGCCCUCUACCAGUGCUUGCUUUCCUUUUCAAUUGCCUAAGUCCCACCUGCCGUUUUCUACUUGUUCAAUUCCGAAUUUUCAGCUAGGGCUUCUGUUUCCAGCUGCUGUAUAGAGUGUACAUAACAACUUCUCUUUUAGCAUUGCAUCUUCUCUCCUAAGCCAGUGACGGCAUCCAGAAGAGUCCGUUCAUUUGAGGGUUAAGUGGGGGGCAGAAUUGCGGCAGGUGCUCUCUAAACAGGCCACUUCAUCAAGUCUUCACAAGAAGUCCUUCCCCCCUUUGCUGCAGACUUACGAGUUUUGAGAACUUAAAGCUGAUGGAAGUUUACCAUUUUUCACGUUUGGAGGAUUUUAUUUUAUUUUUAAUAAAAAAAAGUUAUGCGCACAUACCCUGGUGUGUGCUUUUUUUGCACCUUUCUGGUGCAGCUUUUGUCAAAAAGCGUUGUGAAGUCAGCAGCACAGGUGGCGGACUGCUUCUGCCCUGUGACUACCAGUGUGAGCCCUGCUUCAGCAUCACUUCUUGUGACUGGCUUUUGCUUCCUUCUCUCAGGCCCUGGUUUCAGUUCAGGGGUUUUUCAGACUAGUAAUUUUUGUCUCAGGCUAUUUUUUUCUAGGGGUAGUAUUCCAACAAUCUUAAAAUAAAAUAAAAUAAAAAAGGUAAGAUUCUCCGUGCAUGAAUGUUUUGGUGACCGAACAUGUCAGGAAGCAAGAUGUGUUGCAGUCCCCGUGAACGUCUUCCCAAAUACCGCUGCGAUGUGCCUUUCAGACCUGCAGCUUGCACGUGAGCCGUGAAGAUACGCAAGAGUUGCCAGCAUCGAGUCGCGAUUUUUCACUUCAGUAGACAAUGUUACUAGCUCAGAUAAAUCGAGACUCUCAGGGAAUGACUGAAUUUUCUGGAGGAGGAAUGGAGGCCCAGCACGUGACUCUCUGUCUGACAGAAGCUGUAGCUGUGCAAGAUGGUGACAACUUAGAAAAUAUGGAAGGUGUAAGUUUGCAAGCAGUUACCCUUGCUGAUGGCUCCACAGCUUAUAUACAGCACAAUUCUAAAGAUGGUAAAUUGAUGGAUGGCCAAGUGAUUCAACUAGAAGAUGGUUCUGCAGCUUACGUUCAACAUGUACCCAUGCCUAAAAGUAGGGACAGCUUGCGUCUGGAAGAUGGACAGGCAGUUCAGCUGGAAGAUGGAACUACAGCAUUUAUUCAUCACACCUCCAAAGACAGUUACGACCAGAGUGCAUUACAAGCAGUCCAGUUGGAGGAUGGGACUACUGCCUACAUUCACCAUGCAGUACAGAUGCCACAGUCAGAUACCAUUUUAGCCAUUCAAGCUGAUGGCACAGUGGCUGGUCUUCAUACAGGAGAUGCUGCCAUUGACCCAGAUACCAUCAGUGCUUUGGAGCAAUAUGCAGCUAAGGUCUCUAUUGAUGGAAAUGACAGUGUUAGCGGCACAGGAAUGAUAGGUGAAAAUGAACAAGAUAAAAAAAUGCAGAUUGUCUUGCAAGGACAUGGAACAAGAGUGACUGCAAAAUCUCAGCAGAGUGGAGAGAAAGCAUUCCGCUGUGAUUAUGAUGGCUGUGGAAAACUGUACACGACAGCUCACCAUCUUAAGGUACAUGAAAGGUCACACACAGGAGACAGACCGUAUCAGUGUGAACAUCCUGGAUGUGGUAAAGCUUUUGCAACAGGGUAUGGAUUAAAAAGUCAUGUCCGAACACACACUGGUGAAAAGCCGUAUCGGUGCACGGAAGAAAAUUGCACCAAAUCAUUCAAGACUUCAGGAGACCUGCAAAAACACAUCCGAACUCACACAGGUGAAAGGCCCUUUAAAUGUCCUUUCGAAGGAUGUGGCAGGUCAUUCACAACGUCUAAUAUUAGAAAGGUUCACAUCAGGACACAUACAGGCGAAAGACCUUAUUACUGUACAGAACCAGGAUGUGGGAGAGCUUUUGCCAGUGCAACUAAUUAUAAGAAUCACGUGAGAAUACACACAGGGGAAAAGCCCUAUGUCUGUACAGUUCCUGGUUGUGAUAAACGUUUUACAGAGUAUUCCAGUUUAUACAAACACCAUGUUGUACAUACUCAUUCCAAACCGUAUAACUGUAACCACUGUGGGAAAACAUACAAGCAGAUUUCUACACUUGCUAUGCACAAGCGGACAGCACAUAAUGACACAGAGCCAAUUGAAGAAGAACAGGAGGCUUUUUUUGAGCCACCUCCAGGUCAAGGUGAAGAUGUUCUCAAAGGCUCACAGAUAGCCUAUGUGACAGGUGUGGAGGGAGAAGAUGUAAUUUCUGCACAGGUUGCUACAGUUACUCAGUCAGGAUUAGGUCAACAAGUAGCACUAAUUUCCCAGGAUGGAACCCAACAUGUCAACAUCUCUCAGGCAGAUAUGCAGGCCAUAGGGAAUACUAUCACUAUGGUAACACAAGAUGGCACCACUAUCACAGUCCCUGCCCACGAUGCUGUCAUCUCUUCUGCGGGAACACAUUCUGUAGCAAUGGUUACUGCAGAAGGCACUGAAGGACAGCAGGUGGCUAUUGUGGCUCAAGACUUAGCAGCAUUUCAUAGUGCCUCAUCAGAAAUGGGACAUCAGCAACAUGGGCACCAUCUAGUGACUACAGAAACUAGACCUGUUACGUUGUUGGCUACAUCCAAUGGAACACAAAUUGCAGUACAGCUUGGAGAACAACAGUCUCUGGAAGAAGCCAUUAGAAUAGCCUCCAGAAUACAACAGGGUGAAACACCAGGGAUUGAUGAUUAACUUCUAAAACUGCUACCAGAACAAUAGAGCGAAAGGUAUUUUAUUUUCAAUCAACAAAGGUCCAUGCCAGCAGCAAUCCAUAAAAACUUUGAAGUUCCCUGCUCAUUGAUACUGUGUACACAUUUUAUGCAAGAGCAAAGAACAUUUUGUAAGUUCUGUGUACAUAACCCUUGGAAUGGACUGACAUCACCUACUUCUAACCAUUGUAUAUUCAGGAAUAUGGAAUUAGGAUUAUAUAGUAAAUUUCCUUGUUAUCCUUCAUGAGAUUUCAGACUGGUCUACAAUCAAGUGAAAAGUGAAAUAGAAGCAUUGGAGUUAAUUUUAAUGUCAUGUACAAAUAAUGAAGGCAUGGCUGAAGACUUGAAAUGUUUAAAAUAUUAUAACAAAAUCAUCGUUUAAGGAACCCUUACAAGUAAUAAAGAAGACAAAGCCUCUUCAAUUGGUUUCCAUAAAUAGGAAAGUCGUGGAUUUUGAGCCUACUGUAAAUUUUCGUAUUUUGAUUUGUUUCAUACAGAUUUGAAUACUCUUUAGAUUAUCCAACCCAUUUCAUUCAUUGUAAAUACAGAAUGUUAACGCUGGAAGUGCUAAUUAUAUUAUCUUUAAAUUGGAGUAUGUACAAAGGAGAAACUUUGGUUGUUCAAUAUUAAAGGAAGUGAAUCUAAUGGUUUCGUUUCUUUACGUAUUUUACUUAAGAUGUUACUCUGAUUAUGCAAUAAAAUAUAACAAGAUUGUAUUGUCUAGGUAGGAUGAUAUUGUUUGACGUACUGUUUUACUUUUUAAUGAGACUGAAGUUAAAUUAUUUAUUUACGGCCUUGUAUAAUUUUUUCCAAAGUUUAUUUAUCAUAAAUUUAAGUUCUUGACAUUCAUUUUUACCAUAAUACACUAAAGUAUAUUAA